CAAAUUGGAAAUACCAGAGUGGACUGCACACAGUAGGGCUAAGUAGUGCAUCAAGAAACUUGCUUCUGUUUUAUGUAAGGAGAGUGUGUGCAUGCUGGGUUGCAAUUUAAAAUGUAUUUUUUUACUCUGCGUCACACUUUAAAAAGCUUGGAAGUUAUUUCAGGGCCCAGAGGGCUGGCAGGGAUUGGGGGGAGGUGAGACUGGCCCAUGUGGUUAUCCAGGCCCCAGGUGAUGCAGGCUGGACUACAGCCCUAGUGAUGGGGACUGAGAAGUGAGGAUGGACCCCAGCGUUGACCAGAUGUGCUAGGUGAAGAUGGAGAAUUCGAGGCUGAUUCAAGUCAGUCUGAAGUCAAUCAAGGCUUUUGGGCCAAAUGACAUCUUGUUUGAAAUAUUCUAUCUUGGUCCCCUUCCAGUGGUGCACUGGAACCCAGGGUUCUUGGGGCAGGGGCUGGGAGGGAGAGGGAUCCCUCCUGUUCUUUGGUCGGCAAUGUUCUGGGCUUCUAGGAUCCCUGUGUUACAACUCUGACCUUUCAUUCUGGUUGACUGUUUUCAAGUAAAACUCAAAUGGGUGGGCUCCUGCUUGUGUCUGCAGGUUUGAUGAUGAUGUCUGUGGGGACUAGGCUGGGAAUGACCCUGCUUCUACUGUCUUCCUGUAGGAACAUCGUGAAAGGGAUGAGAGAGCUCCGGGAGGUCCUACGCACCGUGGAGACCAAAGCAACUCAGAACUUCAAAGUGAUGGCGGCCAAGCAUCUGGCCGGGGUCCUGCUACAUUCCUUGAGUGAGGAGUGCUACUGGAGCCCCCUGUCCCACCCGCUGCCUGAGUUCAUGAGCAAGGAGGAGAACACCUUCAUCACGCAGGCCCUGCGGAAACCUCACCUGUACGAAGGAGACAACCUCUACUGCCCGAAGGAUAACAUAGAGGAAGCCCUCCUGCUGCUGCUCAUCAGUGAGUCCAUGGUGAGCUCCAGGCCUUUCCCUCUCUGCCCAGCCGGGUAGGGCUGCAGGGCUCAGGCACAGGCCGCCAGGUCCUGACCCAGCUCAGCCUCCCACGGAUGU